AUGGGAUCAUUGAGCAGCACAAUGCUUUGUGAGGAGGAAAUAGAGGAGUUGAAAAACAGCACUGUGUUUGAUUACAGAGAGAUAGAAAACCUAUACGAAAGGUUUCAGUUUUUGGACAAAGAGACACAUGGGUAUCUGACAUACAACGAAUUGAACAACAUUCCUGAGUUUCAGUCAAAUCCGUUCAGUCAGCUGAUCAUGCGAAGCAUAGAAAAGAUGGUUGACUAUGACAGGAUGACAUUUCCACACUUCCUUGCAUUUCUGGGAAUAUUUUCUGAAAAGAGUGAUGUGAAGAGCAGGGUGAAGUAUCUGUUUGACAUACUUGAUCUGAAUGGAGACGGAAAGCUCUGCAGAAACGUAUUUAUUAGAGUAGAUAACAUAAUGGGUCAGAGUGGCCGAGAAGAGGAUGUCAAAAGUCUGAUGGAUAGCUACGAUAGAGGAGGUAAAGGAUAUAUGGAUCUGGUAGACUUCACUGAAUUCUAUGAAAGCAGUCCAUCGAUUGACAGGAACAUGAUUAUUGACUUUUCUAAGAAUCUGAGACAGCGGAAGCAAGUCGGGUUUAUGCAGAUUCUCUGGCCAUCGAAGCAUGAGGCAUGA